UAUCGUCUCAGCACCAGAUUUCAGAGCUCCACAUCCGUCGUAGUUCAACCGGAAAAGUCUGCAGCUAAAACAAACACAAAAGAGAGAAAAAAAAAAGAAAUUAAGGUUGAAAAGGACCAACUCUUACUCUAACGCCUAUCUAUUUACUUUCCAUGUUACUUCGCUAUUCGUCGGAAGAAGAAGAACAACAAGAAGAAGCAGAGUAAACAUUUCAAAAGAACCAAAAAAAAAAAAAAUGAAUUCAUGUUGUUCAAUCAGAAAAUUCGGCGGAAUUUUCGUCCACAGAUUCUGCAAUGGAAUCUCCUUCAAAUCCCCAAACUCCAUCGCUUUCUACAGGAAUGGCUUACUGGGAAGGAACUUGUCGUAUUCGUCGGCCAUAUCGUCGUCGUUUUCUUCGUGGAAUCGCGUGUAUGAUCAAGUGAGAUGUCGUACCGAUGGGGUCAGGACUAUACGGACUCUCUCUCCUCUCUGCAUGGGAAGGCGUUCUUGCAAAAUCGCCGGUAGAAAGGGGUCUCAAGAUGCGAAGAAGAUGAAGCUGUAUUCCAAGAUUGGAAAGGAAGUUGUAUCUGCCAUAAAAAGAGGCGGUCCAAAUCCCGUAUCAAACAUAGCCCUUGCUGCUGUACUUGAGAAAGCCAAGGAGCUUGAUGUACCAAAGGAUAUCUUGGAGAGAAACAUCAAGAAAGCUUCUGAGAAGGGACAAGAAACUUACAUUGAGAAAAUCUAUGAGGUUUAUGGAUUUGCGGGAGUUAGUAUUGUAGUUGAAGUCCUGACAGAUAAAAUUACUCGAUCUGUGGCUGCUGUUAGACAGGUAGUGAAGGACUAUGGGGGGAAGAUGGCAGAUCCAGGUUCUGUGAUGUUUAAAUUCAGACGUGUUCGGGUGGUAAACAUAAAAGCCUCAGAUGCUAACAAGGAUCAACUCCUUUCGAUUGCAUUAGAUGCCGGUGCUGAGGAUGUCGUUGAACCUCCAUUGUAUGAAGAUGACACUGAAGAAGAUGCAUCAGAGAGCUACUUUAAAAUCGUCAGUUUGUCAGAGAACUAUUCAGCAAUAUUGUCAAAACUACGCGAAGAAGGAAUACCUUUCGAGACUGAUAGUGGUUCUGAACUAAUUCCGAUUACCACUAUUGAGGUAGACGAUGAGGCUGUGGAUUUGAACAAGGAACUCAUUAAUAAAUUACUUGAGCUAGAUGAUGUUGAUGCUGUUUAUACUGACCAGAAGUGAUCAGAAUCUCUAGUCUAAUGUAUGCAACUCAUUGUUUGGGCAAUUAAACCAAGCUUUUGGCGUUGAGGAUAUCUGGUUUGUGCUUGAUUUCUUCUUAUAAUCUCAUUGGAAAAUACACCUCAAAGAUGUCUAAAUGAGAAAUAAAGAAGGGGGCCGAGUCUGGGGCUUUUAACUGUUACCUUUCUCCUUUUCAUCAGGGAGAAAAUAAUUUUCUCAUAUUCUUUUGGUGUGAAAGGUGUCAGUGCAGAAUAAUAUCCUUUAAAAAACAAAAAAAAAAAAAAAAACCCCCUUUGAAGUAAUAAGAAUUCAAUUCUUGACAUGUCUUCCAGUGCCUCAAUUUGGCAGUAGUUUUCUUUUGCAUCCGCCAUUACAUGU